GGGAACCGAGCAGGGUCCUCUCUCCGUACUCCUUAGCGCUUCUCAACAGUGAUGGAGCAAGAACAAGGAGAACUCGACAGCUUUCUGAAAUGGGCGGCGGAGCUUGGCAUCUCGGACUCUCUCCAAUCUCAAAACCCCAGCUCUUGUCUCGGCCAUUCUGUCAUCGUCUCUCACUUCCCUCACGCCGGCGGGUAACAAGAGGUUUGGCUGCAGCUCGUGAUCUCAGAAGAGGAGAAUUGGUUCUCAGAGUUCCAAAAUCUGCCUUACUCACGAGCGAGAGUGUCAUGAAGGAUGAAAGUCUUUCUCUUGCCCUCAAGAGUCACCCUUCUUUAACCCCUACCCAGAUGUUAACUGUGUGUUUAUUAUAUGAAAUUAACAAAGGGAAAAGUUCAUGGUGGCACCCUUACUUGAUCCACUUGCCACGUAGUUAUGAGAUACUAGCGGCUUUCGGUGAAUUUGAAGUGCAAGCUUUGCAAGUGGAUUAUGCUGUCUGGGCUGCAAAGAAGGCCGUAACAAAAGCUAAGUCUCAGUGGAAAGAAGCUAGGAAGUUGAUGGAAGAACUUAAGUUUAAGCCUAAACUACUGACUUUGAGGGCUUGGCUUUGGGCUUCUGGGACGAUAUCUUCACGGACAUUACACAUACCGUGGGAUGAAGCUGGGUGUUUGUGUCCUGUUGGAGACUUGUUCAAUUAUGCUGCACCGGGUGACGAGCCAAAUGGCUUUGAAAAUGUUGAUCUCUUGCAAAAUGGAGAUGCUGCAGAUGACAUGGAUGCAGGGCAGUUUGAUGCUCCUUCUUGGAGGUUAACAGAUGGUGGAUUUGAGGAAGAUGUCACUGCUUAUUGCUUUUAUGCUAGAAAAAACUACAAAAUGGGGGAGCAGGUUCUCUUAAGCUAUGGAACAUACACAAAUUUAGAGCUUCUUGAGCAUUAUGGGUUUCUUCUUUAUGAAAAUCCAAAUGACAAAGUUUUUGUCCCAUUGGAAGAUGACAUAUAUUCCUCAACUUCCUGGCCAAAAGAUUCACUAUAUAUUCAUGAAACUGGGAAGCCAUCUUUUGCUUUACUGUCUGCUUUGCGUCUGUGGGCAACCCCAGCAAACCAGCGGAGAUCUGUAGGACAACUUGCUUAUUCAGGAUCUCAACUUUCACUAGAUAAUGAGAUAUCAAUCAUGAAAUGGACAUCUAAUAACUGCUUGGAUGCUUUGAAGAGUCUGCCAACAUCAAUUGAAGAAGAUAGCCUGUUGCUUUCUGCCAUUGAGAAAUUCCAAGAUUAUGAUGACCCUGUGGAGUGGAGCAAGACAGCCCUUUCUUAUGGAGGUGAGGUUUGUGCUUUCUUGGAAGCAUUUGAUCAACAGAAUGGAAAAAGCAGUGUCGACUUGGUAUUAUCCAAUAGAAAUAGAAUGUUGAUAGACAGGUGGAAAUUAGCAGUGCAGUGGAGACUAAGGUAUAAGAAAGUUCUUGUAGAUUGCAUAUCAUAUUGUUGUAAAAGAAUCAAUUCCCUCUCAGACCAGGGUGUUUCAGCACAGGAUGGAGAACACCUUGGCUCAUCCGAGUUGGUUACCAAAGUCAAUAGUAUGAGCAUUCCACAAUCUUUGACUGGAUCAUGACGGUUUAAAAUCAUUGUAUUGAAUUCCUUUGGCUACAUUGUAUUACCUUGGUUAUCCAGAAGAUUGUCUGACCCACGUUAUUAGAAGUGGGUUGCAUGCUUGUCUAUAUGUGUCAAACUUUAUUUAAUCCAUUAUAACGACAGUCCCUUUACCCUUAAACUGUGACUGUCAGAAUUCCGAUGGGUUAAAGUAUUUUCUGAUCACUUCUGUCCCUGUUCUUGAGUUCUGUAGACUACUCUAGUCUAUUCAUCAAAAAAUGCUGUAUAAAACACAAUGCCUGAAUAGAUUUUAACACAAGGAAUUCAUUAUUUUAAAAGAAUUACAUAAUGUGGUGAAGGAAAUGAAUCAUCCCAAUUCCAAUGAAGUUAGCUGAGCAGAAGCAGUAUAGCUGGGAAGCAGAACAAGCUCCCUUGUUGGGAUUUUAUGAACCAAACAACCUGAAUGCAGUGCAUAUUAAAACGGUUUUCAGUUGUUAGAAUGGCGUGGAUUUAUUUUUUUGUAAGAAUAGCAUUACCAUAUGAUAUUUAGAUUUUAGAGAAUCAACUCUACCUUUGUAUGCGUGACUGCGUCCGUUUGGUGCUGCACAACAAGAAAUCCACAGAAUUCAGCUUUCAUAUUUGUUCAAUUUUAUGAAAUGGUUAGCUACUGAAUUCUAAUCCAUUUUCAAUUUGAGUACUAAACUUUAGUUUCUUUC